AUGGCCGAUUCUGGAACGCCCUCCAACCCAGGCCAGCUGCCUCCCCCCCCUCAGGCCGGUGCUGGCGCCCCUGGCUUCGAAGCUGGCCAGAAUGGACAGCCUAUGGCCCCUCCGCCUCUGCAUAUCCCUCAGAAUACCAACCCGAUCCCGACUGCCAUCACCUCCCCCAGAUCCGCUGCCGAUCAAGGAGGCAUCUUGUCGCCUACCAGUGCAGGUGGCUUUCGUCGUGCUGCUCCUGAGCCCAACAAGCGUGCCCUCUACAUUGGUGGUUUGGACCAGCGUGUAACCGAGGAAGUCUUGCGUCAGAUCUUUGAGACUACGGGUCAUGUUCAGAACGUCAAGAUUAUUCCCGACAAGAAUGCGCGUGGUUAUAACUAUGGCUUUGUCGAGUAUGACGACCCUGGUGCCGCUGAGCGUGCCAUGCAGACUCUCAAUGGACGACGAGUUCACCAAUCGGAAAUCCGAGUCAACUGGGCCUAUCAGUCGAACACUACAAACAAGGAGGACACCUCGAAUCAUUUCCACAUCUUUGUUGGUGAUUUGUCCAACGAAGUCAACGAUGAGGUCCUCCUUCAAGCCUUCUCUGCUUUUGGUUCCGUUUCAGAGGCUCGUGUCAUGUGGGAUAUGAAGACCGGCCGAUCUCGAGGUUACGGUUUUGUUGCCUUCCGCGACCGCCCUGAGGCCGAAAAGGCUCUGAGCUCCAUGGACGGCGAGUGGCUCGGCUCGCGAGCCAUCCGAUGUAACUGGGCAAACCAGAAGGGCCAACCUUCAAUGGCCCAGCAGCAAGCUAUGCAGGCGAUGGGCAUGACGCCUACCACCCCUUACGGGCAUCACCAAUUCCCAGCACAUGGCGUCGCUAGUUACGAGGUUAUUCUGACUCAAACUCCCAGCUGGCAGACAACUGUCUAUGUCGGCAACCUUACUCCUUACACAACUCCCAACGAUGUGGUUCCUCUGUUCCAGAACUUCGGUUUCGUUGUUGAGUCUCGAUUCCAGGCCGAUCGAGGUUUUGCUUUCAUUAAGAUGGACACCCACGAGAACGCGGCUAUGGCGAUCUGCCAGAUGAACGGGUAUAACGUUAACGGACGACCUCUCAAGUGCAGUUGGGGCAAGGACAAAACACCCAGUGCUCAAGGAGCCUUUGACCCUGCUCAGCCUUACAGCCCACAGAGUGCUCAAGCUCCUGGCUUCCCAGGCACGCCUACGUACUAUCCUCAGUAUGGUGCCCAGUACGGUGGACAGCCUGGAAACUAUGGUGGACCACAAACUGGAUCACCGGCCGGUUAUGCUGGAUCCCCUAUGGGAUAUGCUGCUCCUCAAAGCGCGGGCGGCUACGGCAGGGGCCAACAGCCUCCCAAUGCUGAAUGGGCCCAGCCUCGCCCUGGACAGAACUUCAACAAUGGAUUUGGUGGUUAUCAGGCCUAG